CCUGCAUAUAAACAGGUGAGACACAAUCUCUCACUCUCUCUCUCAAUCCAUCAUUCAUUCAUUCUCACAAUCUGUUUUUCUCUGCUCUCUCUCUGUUUCUCUUGUCACCUGAGCAGACCUUCAACCCUCUCUCUCUCUCUCUUUCUCUCUCCACCAUGGUUGAAACCAGACGCAGUUCCUCUUCCUCCAAGCGCUCUCUCCCUUCACCUCCAUCCUCUUCUCCUACCAAUUCCAAACGAUCCAAGGUCUCAGAGGAUGCAUCAUCCACUACCCCGCCUGCCCCUGUCGAUGAAUCUGGUGAACCGGUGCUGCGGCUGUCUGAUCUGACUGAAACGCCGUCGCUGAAGGCGGCGGAUGCGGUGGUGCCGGUGGCUGAUGAGGAGUCUCCUUCUGUGACGGUGCAAGGUGAGGAUUCGGUGCCGCCUCAGUCUCCAGGUGAAUCUGCGGAGAAAUCAAAGGUGGCUGACAUGGCGGUGGAGCCUGGUCGGUUGAAGAAACGCAGCCCGAAAUCGAGCCCUGGGGCUGCGUGGGGAAAGCUCAUUUCUCAGUCUUCUUCUCAGAAUCCUCAUCUAGUCAUGUGUGGUCCUGUCUACACUGUUGGUCAAGGUCGCCAAUGUAAUUUAUCGCUUAAAGAUCCCACCGUUAGCACUGUUUUGUGCAAGUUGAGCCACAUUGAGCGUGAAGGUUCAUCUGUUGCACUGCUGGAAAUAACAGGGGGUAAAGGCACCGUUCAAGUUAAUGGAAAGACUUAUCGAAAGAAUGCCCGUCUGAUUUUAAGUGGGGGUGAUGAGGUUGUCUUCGCUUCUUCUGGCAAGCAUGCUUAUAUUUUUCAGCAGCUCACAUGUAAUAGUAUUGCUACUGCUAGUGAACCUUCUCCUGUGAGUAUUUUAGAAGCCCAAAGUUCUCCAGUUAAUGGAACGCAGGUUGAAGCUAGAUCUGGAGAUGCGUCAGCUGUUGCUGGAGCUCCAAUGUUGGCCUCUUUAGCUAAUCUUGAAGAUUUAUCUCUCAUUCCACCUCCUGUUAAAGCUGGCAAGAAUGUGCAACAGAACAAUGAAGUUUCAUCACUACCUUCUGGCCAUGAAGAUGAUAUUCCUGGCAUUGAAAUGAAGGAUAUAAUCAGUAGUGAUGAACUGGCUGGAGAUUUUUCUGCUGAGAAAAAUGUUGCAUCAUCUACCACCGAUAAUGAAAAUUCUAAGCUUGAUGCUAUGGAAGCCGAUGAUGUCAAUUUGGAUGCAGAUGUUGGGAAGAUUACUGCUUCUGCUACCUUCAGCUUGAGGCCAUUACUGUGCAUGUUUGCUGGCCCAUGUCCUGAAUUUGAUUUAAGUGCUAGCCUUUCCAAGAUAAUGGAAGAGCAAAGAGAGUUAAGAGAACUCUCUAAAGAUGUUGAUACGCCAACAUUGGUCUCAACUAGGCAGCAAGCUUUUAGGGACAGUUUACAACAGCGAAUUAUUAAUCCUGAGAAUAUUGAUGUCUCAUUUGAAAGUUUUCCAUAUUAUCUAAGUGAUACAACAAAGGAUGUUUUGAUUGCUUCUACUUAUAUUCAUUUGAAGUGCAAUGGCUUUGGAAAAUUUGUUUCAGACCUGCCAUCAGUGUGUCCACAGAUACUAUUAUCUGGUCCUACAGGUUCGGAAAUAUAUCAGGAAACUUUGUCCAAGGCACUUGCAAAGCAUUUUGGUGCAAGGCUGCUGAUUUUGGAUUCUCUUUCACUGCCUGGUACAUCACCAUCAAAGGAAAUUGAUUCCGCUAAAGAAAGUUCAAGGCCUGACAGGCCGUAUGUGUUCACUAAGAGAAGUACCCAUACUGCCACAGUACAGCAUAAGAGACCAGCUUCUAGUGUUAAUGCCGAAAUCAUAGGUGGAUCCACAUUAACUUCCCAGGCUAUGCUGAAGCAAGAGGUUUCUACUGCAUCAUCAAAAGGCAGUACUCUUAAAACUGGCGAUCGGGUAAAAUUUGUUGGGAACGUUCCUUCUGCUGUCUCAACACUACAAAAUUAUCCUUCAAGGGGACCCAGCUAUGGCUCCCGGGGUAAGGUUCUGCUUGCUUUUGAAGAUAACGGGUCUUCGAAAAUUGGGGUUAGAUUUGAUAAGUCGAUUUCAGACGGUAAUGAUCUUGGAGGCCUUUGCGAAGAUGAUCGUGGCUUCUUUUGUUCUGCAAAUCAUUUACAACUUGUAGAUAUUUCUGGAGGAGAUGAAUGUGACAAAAUUGCGAUCAAUGAAAUCUUUGAGAUUGCCUCUAAUAUGAGUAAAAGUGGAUCGCUAGUGUUGUUCAUUAAAGAUAUAGAGAAGGCAAUUGUUGGGAACUCAGAAGUUUUGAAAAGUAAAUUUGAAAGCUUGCCGCAGAAUGUUGUAGUAAUUGGCUCAUACAUCCAGCAAGACAAUCGUAAGGAGAAGACCCAGUCUGGCAGUCUUCUGUUCACAAAGUUUGGGAGCAAUCAGACGGCUCUACUUGAUCUUGCUUUUCCGGAUAACUUCAGUAGACUACAUGAUAAGAGCAAAGAAACUUCCAAAGCAAUGAAGCAACUUAAUCGCCUUUUCCCAAACAAAUUGACAAUACAAUUGCCACAGGAUGAGGCUUUACUCUCAGAUUGGAAGCAGAAAUUAGAACGCGAUGUUGAAACAAUGAGAGCUCAGUCUAACAUUGUCAAUAUUCGCUUGGUUCUCAACAGAAUUGGACUGGGUUGCCCUGACCUUGAGACUCUUUGUAUCAAAGAUCAAACUCUAACAACUGAAAAUGUGGAGAAGAUCAUUGGCUGGGCUUUAAGUUACCAUUUUAUGCAUUCAUCUGAAGUUUCUAUGAAGGAUUCUAAGUUGGUGAUAUCUGCGGAAAGCAUUAAUCAUGGGUUUAACAUUCUACAAGGUGCUCAAAAUGAAAACAAGAACUUAAAAAAAUCUUUGAAGGAUGUGGUGACUGAAAAUGAAUUUGAGAAAAAACUGCUUGGAGAUGUUAUUCCACCAACUGAUAUCGGGGUCAAAUUUGAAGACAUUGGAGCUUUAGAAAAUGUAAAGGACACCUUAAAGGAACUGGUCAUGCUUCCCCUUCAGAGACCUGAAUUGUUUUGCAAAGGACAGCUGACUAAGCCUUGCAAGGGAAUAUUGCUUUUUGGGCCUCCUGGCACGGGAAAAACAAUGCUUGCAAAGGCUGUAGCUACUGAAGCUGGAGCAAAUUUUAUAAACAUUUCGACGUCCAGCAUUACUUCAAAGUGGUUUGGUGAAGGGGAGAAAUAUGUCAAAGCAGUCUUUUCUCUGGCAAGCAAAAUUGCUCCCAGCGUUAUUUUUAUUGAUGAGGUUGAUAGUAUGUUAGGGAGACGAGAAAAUCCGGGUGAGCAUGAAGCUAUGCGUAAAAUGAAGAAUGAGUUUAUGGUUAACUGGGAUGGUCUGCGUACCAAAGAUAAAGAGCGUGUACUUGUUCUCGCUGCAACAAACAGACCUUUUGAUCUUGAUGAGGCUGUUAUUAGGAGGCUUCCGCGAAGGUUGAUGGUUAACUUGCCAGAUGCAACAAACAGAGAAAAAAUUAUGAGAGUCAUUUUAUCAAAAGAAGAGUUGGCACCUGAUGUUGAUUUGGAAGCUAUAGCAAAUAUGACUGAUGGAUAUUCAGGAAGUGACCUAAAGAAUCUUUGUGUCACAGCAGCUCACUGUCCAAUAAGAGAGGUUUUGGAGAAGGAAAAGAAGGAGAGAAGCUUGGCAUUGGCUGAGAACAAACCGUUACCUGGAUUGUGUAGCAGUGCUGACAUUCGGGCCUUGAAGAUGGAAGAUUUUAGAUAUGCACAUGAGCAGGUGGGUGCAAGCGUGUCGUCCGACUCAACAAAUAUGAAUGAGCUUCAACAGUGGAAUGACCUCUAUGGAGAAGGUGGAUCGAGGAAAGUGAGAUCUUUGAGCUACUUCAUGUAAAGCUGCUCUCUGUAUAGCAUUUCUUUCUUAGGUUAUUCUUCUAUCACCUAAUGGUGUGACAGUUGAUAUGGAAACUAUAUCAUUGAUCAGGCUUCUUUUGUAUUAUAUCAUAGGUUUUCCCUUUUUCCUCCAACCCUCAUCCUCCUCUGUACUGCCUCCAAAUUUUUUUAUAGUAAAAGUAUGACAAUUUUCAAUGAGAUAAAGCUUUUUAUAGGUA